AUGAGGUUUUGUUCUAUAUUCAUCAGUCUUUUUAUUCUUUUGAUUUUAUAUUCAAGUCUUAGUGAUGCCUCAAGGGCUCUUCAUAAACGAGUAUCUCCUACACCUAUUUCCAGCAAUCCAUUACCGUCUUCCAGCAGUCCAGUUAUUAUGGCAACCUUAUCGUCUUCAGUCAAUAAUAAUAGUAGUAGCAGUAGUAUGGUGAACAGCACACAACAAGACAAUCCUUUUGCAGGCAAGCCAACAUCAGCUUCGUUUGCCAACAACAUGCCUCCAGCGUACCUGACAUGGAAGACACCAAUCCCUAACCAGACUUUCCCACCUUUGUACAAGAUUGGGGUUUCGAACAUAACUUUGGCAUGGACAGCCGAUCCCAAUGCCCUCAAAGUGCAACCGAUGAAUCUCACUAUAGCUUUGGCCAAUCCACAGAAACAGACCAUUACUGCCACUAUUGUUCAAGGAACGGCAACUGAAGCCUAUUGGGACUUGGCCACUGUGGACACACCUUUGAUGGUAGGUUAUUAUACUGUGCUUGUCUAUGAUCAACGUGGCCCCAAGGCCUUCCCAAGCCCUGGUUGGUUAAUGCCCGAUUCAAGACUCUUGGUAGCUUUAUAUAGUACUGAGGCGUAUGUUGGACGAUCCGAUUCCAUGUUUUGUCCAAGUUGUUAUGUCGGUUCUGGUGAAAGUAUGAUCUCUUCCAUGAUCCCUCUUAUCACUGCUUUUGGUGUAGCUAUGUUGACUUCUAUUUUUAUUUUGGUAUCACUUCUUCAAUAA